AUGCUACUAGAGCAGCAAAAUAUCCCAUUGCGCGGACACCGAGAUGAUACGCAUAUCAAUUUAAAUAUUGAUGACAGUGAGAACAUAAACUCCAACGAUGGUAAUUUCAAAGCUCUUCUGCGUUUUCGUGUAGAGGCAGGCGAUAAACAACUGGAGGAACAUUUAAAAAAUGCCAAGUUAAAUGCUACAUACAUUAGCAAAACUACAUGCCAUUCCCUCAUAAGAUGUUGUGGUGAGGAAAUUUUAAAAAUUAUCUUGGCACAUAUAAAUGCAGCAAUCUCAGUAUUUCCUUGCGUUACAUUGACGAUUGACGAAGAUUUGGUACAAGUACGAGAAAAUUUUGUUUCAGUCGAACCAAAAAUUAGUGGUAAAAUUUUGGGUCAAACAAUUAUUCUGAAGCUCAAAUCAUUUGGUGUUGGGAUAGGAUGUGACGGUUGUAGUGUAAAUAUUUCCUCAGUUAAGGGUGCUGCAGCCGAAAUCCAAAAAGUAGCCAAAAAUGCAGUUCUGAAUUCAUGCUUCAAUCACUCUUUAAAUUUGCCUAUUUCAAAGUGCUCCAAAGUGAAAAUUAUUGAAAAUACUAUUGGUAUAAUUCAAGAGUUGGUGUCGUUUUUUAAUGCUUCGUUAAAGAGAAAUUAA